ACUUAAAAAAUUGAAACUUUAACCACCCGAAUAGUUUAUCAUCUGAGAAGAUAGAAGAUGGCGGUCGAUUUGAUCUCGUUUUCGUGAAACGACGACAACAAAAAUGUGUGAAAACUUAGAUAGAGUGGACGGGAACAUAGACCAAGAGUUCGAUGAACUGUAUAGACAAUGUGAGAGAUUUAGCAAACACAAGAAGGACCUCCAUUCACUAAAACUGAAGGUGAAGAAACUAAAAAAGGCGGGCAAACCCAGGGUGAAAGGUUUGUCGGGGUCAUUGACCUCACACGACCAGGACUGGUCCGGGCUGUCCACAGGUGCAAGUCCCGCUGCCUGUGAUGGCUGGGAACCAGAGGUUGAUAGUGGUGAGAUAGGAGAUGAUAGGAGAAACGCUGGUCAGGAGGAGGAAGAGGAGGUUUGCAUGGAGCAAGAUUCAGCAGACAGUAAGGAAGAAGAAGAUGAAGAAUUGACUCUGUUGGAUGAUGAUGAAGGCACCAUUGAUGAUACCAGCACAUACAGAGUAACCAGGACAGUGUCAUCUGUUCAUGUUCACAGACUUGGACAUCAAACAUUACCCUCAAAAACAAACAGGAGUCACAGGACCUUAAAGAGAAGACUGCAAGAACCAUCACUGGAGUAUUUGUCUCAGUCAGCAGAUGGUCUGAAAAGCCAGGACAAUGUCCUUCCUCUGUUCUGCGACCCAACAGAACACAAAGGAGGAGUGUGGCAGUCAAUCGUUGUAGAAAAAGAUGAACGCCCAUGUGAUGGUAUGGUAGAGUAGAUGGGGCUGAAAAUACCUAUGUGUAACCUCAGUCAAUCUGGGAUUGGCAGAAAACAAUUGUGCAUUGCAGCUUAAGACUUAAGUAUAAAAUGUUAUUGAAACAACAUGCAAUUUUUGUGGGCUGGUAUCAGCAGUCAGCAUCUACACUGUAUAUACUAAUUACUAUAUUUCAGGAUUUUACCAUGGUCUAUAUUGACCGAAGGAGGUAAUAUAUACUACAUUUGUAGUACUUCAAAUAGUGCUGUAUGCAGUAAAACUUCAGUUACUAGUACUUUGGUUGAGGUUGUGAGAUUUUGUAGAUGUAAAAGGGUUGCUAUAAUGAUCUGAUUGAGUGGGUGUGAAAAUGUAGGUUUCAUAACCUACCAGGGCUCGAAAUACUGGGUGCAUGUGCACCCAGGUGCACCUAAAAUAGGAGCUGUGCACCCAAUUAUUUUCUGUGGGUGCACUGGUGCACCCAAAUAUUUUCAUAGGCUUAUGUAUGUAAAGAUAUCAAAGUAUACUUGUAUAUAUCAUAUUCUUCUUGACAUCUACAAAGUGUUAGAAAGAUAAUAAAAAUGUCUGUCUUUGUACUUGUUUAAGAAUUUGAUAGCUGGUAACCAGGUUUUAUUAUUAGGAUUUUCUGACAUUCUACUUAAAUUUAAGUGGUGCACCCAAAAAUGUUUUGGUUUUUGGUGCACCCAAUUUUUUAAGCUGGGUGCACCAUUGCACCUUUUCCCAAAAAUGAAUUUCGAGGCCUGCCUACAUAACCUACAGACAAUGCAUAAGACAAGUUCAGUUCACUUUUUACAUUAUGAAUGACUGUUUAUGCUUUAAAGUCCUGCUACUUGUCUACCCUACUGGUCCAUUCUGGCCAUCACACGUACACUAGGGCAGACUCGUCUCUCAGGUAUGUGUAUUAUACACAAUUCUCCAAUCUCUUAAUAGAAAGCCUUUAGGCUAGAUGGCUUUUAUGCAAAGACUCUACAUGUAUGCAUUGCUGACUGAGCCUGAAUAGUUCAAUGUAGUAAGUAACUAGGAAGAUGGAUAAUGUGAUAGAUAAGAACUAUGCUGAUGGUAAAAGGUGGAAAGGCAGCAAGGGGCCAGUAACUGGCCUGAGAACUUAAGUAGGGCAUGGGUACAUUAAGAAGAGAGACAAAAGAUCCAGUGUCUCUGUUUAGUCUCCUAAUUAGGGGUCAGGUUCUGUGGUGUAAUGGCAGGUUGUUUGGUCCAUAACACUGCAGUUUUGACCACUAACAUUUCAUAAUGAAGGCACUGUUUAUUUUGGCCAAACUUUUUUUAUUCGCACACUCGCAUCAGUUUGGGGUUUCCAGCAGAUGUCAUCCAUACAAUGAAAUUAUAAAUUUUGGGAACAAUCUGAACUUUACCUGUUACUUUGUGUGUACAAUG